GUUGCAGAUCGCUGUCGACACACCAGCGCCGCAUUCAUGAGCAAACAGGAAGCUCCAGUCUCCUCCUCCUACCUACCGCGGUACUCGAAAGCUCUUCAAAUGCCUCGACGGCCCUGAGGCUGUAGGCCUUUUAUGAGCUGUCCUCUCAUAGAGUGAGGCGGGCUUUUUUGCUCGCUUUGAUCGUUGAGCUGUUGUGCAUAAAGUUGUAAAUAAGAAGCACGUUUCGCCGCCUGCUGAUUCAGAGCAAACCAAGAGCCGUGUUGCGACAGAACGCUCUCGUGGCUUCCACCCGGCGCAGGAGUCGUCCAUCACAGCAGCCUACACAACAUGGGUGCAAACGCCCUGUGUGGACGUCAGAUCUAGCACCAGACUGCCCUCCACUCUAAGGACCUUGGCUCUCAAUAGAGAUCUGCAACAACGGAGUUGCAGAAACAGAAAGCAUUCUGGCAUCUGGCGCGACUUAGGACGAAUGAACCUAGCUACUGCACUGGCAAGGUAUCCGGUUCGGGGGUCCAUUUAGCAUUUCCCUUGUUGGAGAUUGAAUCGGAUAUCCAGACUUACCAACGUUCGCAAGCAGAAAGACCAUGGUGUAUGUUUUGGACAGCAAUUUCUUGGCCAUUACGGCCAUUGUUACGGUUGCAUACCAGGUAACUUUUUUCAUCAUAGCCUGGAGCUUCAAGUUCGACAAAGUCACAGACUUUGCAGGUGGUACCAAUUUCGUUGUUCUUGCAAUCUUGACCUUCUUCCUGGGGGCAACGUGGCAUGCUCGUCAGAUCGUGUUGACUCUGUUUGUCAUCGUGUGGGGCGUUCGGCUAGGGGGCUUCCUCCUAAUGCGGAUCCUUCAAUGGGGGGCGGACACCCGCUUCGACGAAACCCGAGAGAACUUCUGGAAGUUUGCGGCUUUCUGGGUGUUCCAAGCGAUCUGGGUGUUCACUGUUUCCCUCCCCCUCACCAUCGUCAACGCCACGCUGCGCAACCCUAGCUUGGGCGCAGCGGACUACGUGGGCUGGGUCAUGUGGGGCGUGGGGUUUCUGUUCGAAGUGUUCGCCGACCAGCAAAAGCUCAACUUCAAGAAGGACCGGGCCAACAAGGGGCGCUGGUGCGACGUCGGCGUGUGGGGCUACUCGCGGCAUCCAAACUACUUCGGCGAGCUCAUGAUGUGGUGGGGCAUCUUCGUCUCGAGCACGCGCGUGCUGCACAAAGGCCAGUGGGCCGCGGUCCUGGGUCCUAUCACCAUCACGAUAAUCUUGCUAUUUCUCAGCGGUAUCCCGCUGUUAGAGGCGUCCGCGGACAAGAACCACGGGGGAAAGCCGGAGUACGCUUUGUACAAACGGCGGACGAGUCCGUUGAUACCCCUUCCCCCGGCACUCUACAAGAGACUGCCUGGCUGGGCGAAGCUCGUCUUCUUGUUUGAGCUGCCGUUGUACAACUCCAAGCUUGAGCCAACAAAGGAGUCGCUCCAAGCGGGAGGCGACGCCGUAUGACAAGUGGUGUAUGUUUGUGCAUACAUCUGCGGACUUUGCGCAAGCUGGUUUCCGCAAGAUCCAGAUAAAUCUAGCGCUAAAUCUAUGGGUACAAAGGAGGUAGAUUCAGGCACAUUGUCUGAGCAUUGACAUGGUUCAUGCACUUACGCAUGUGACUGUAGCGGCGUUAGUCAAAAGGUAAUUCUUGCAUGACUUGACGGUAACUAUGCAUUUUGGCGGUAAGUUUUUGUAUCCCGGAUGCCGCAUGCGUACAGCUUAGUAGGUGGCAGUGAAGCGAGUUGAAGCAAUUCUGGAUGAUCAUACUGGUGAUUUCGACUCAGAGGGUCGGAUCAGUGCACUUUCUGAACAAGGAAGGCUACGUACGGCUGACUUCAAGUUCCAUCCUUUAAUUGGUCAUGGGAAUCGUCGUGCAGCUUCUCGGGGCAAGCUUGAAGGCUUACCAUUUUCCCGUGGCCUCUUGAAACUUUCUCCUAGCUGUCUCAGUCGAUUGGGAGUCAAAGGAUUCAUAUCAGCCUUUCAUUGUUGUCAUGAUCAGCCAACUGCUUUCAUUCUCCUUGAAUGUGCAUCUGCUGGAAAUUCAGCUUCAUAUUUGGCCAGG